AUGUCUAAAGAAAAGAAUCUGUCUCUUCAUUAUCUAUCUAUCUAUCUAUCUAUCUAUCUAUCUAUCUAUCUAUCUAUCUAUCUGUUGUGUCUCUUCACUAUCGAUCUAUCUAUCUAUUUAUCUAUCUAUCUAUUUCAGUCUCUUCACUAUCUAUCUAUCUAUCUAUCUAUUUAUCUAUCUAUCUAUUUCAGUCUCUUCACUAUCUAUCUAUCUAUCUAUCUAUCUAUUUCAGUCUCUUCAUUAUCUAUCUAUCUAUCUAUCUAUCUAUUACAGUCUCUUCACUAUCUAUCUAUCUAUCUAUCUAUUACAGUCUCUUCACUAUCUAUCUAUCUAUCUAUCUCAGUCUCUUCACUAUCUAUCUAUCUAUCUAUCUAUCUAUCUAUCUAUCUAUCUAUCUAUCUCAGACUCUUCACUAUCUAUCUAUCUAUCUAUCUAUCUAUUUUACACCAUCUCGCCUUACCAAAGCAAUAUCUAUUGAUUUCAGUUCACGUCUAUAUAUUUAUCGAUCUUUUACUACUUCCAUCUUUUUUCUCUUUUUUUCGUUGUAUAGUCAUAGAGGGAUAUAUGAGAACUGUCGGCAGUCGAAUGUGA